CUACUCAAUUUUGGAAUGCUCUUUAUCUCAAGCUUCUAUAAAUAGACCAUAGAAUUAUUUUUUCUCCUAUUUCCAUGCAUACAAUGGCUUCUUCUUCUUCUUCUUCUUCUCCACUCCCUUCGGAAAUAAUAUUUGAAAUAUUAACUCGAACAUCUUUGAAAACAUUAGAUGCAUGCAAGGCCGUUAAUAAAGAAUGUCAUGAUAUAGUUUUCGAAUCGAAUUUCAUGCCACAAUUCUGUCAAAGAACCCAAAAUAUUUCUGGAUAUUUUGUCCAAACUCUCUUAAAUAACAAGCAUGUUACAGAAUUUGUAUCAAUGGAUGGGUGUUCGGGGGAUACUAAAACCCCGUUCCAUCUUCCUAUUAAUGAUAUUACAACAAUGCCUUGCAGAGAUUUUGACAUGAAGAUAGUCGCCUCCACAAAACAGGGCAUGCUCUGUUGUGUUAGAAGAAUUGGAAGCAGAUAUAGAUAUUAUAUUUGCAAGCCAAGUACUAAACAAUGGAUAAAACUACCGAAUCCUAGAGUACGAUUUGAAACUGUCAAAGUUGCCCUCAUUGUGCUGAAAUCUAAUCCUCUGCAUUUCAAGAUCAUAAGGUUGUCAUCACCUCGGACUUCUUAUCAUCAUUACAGAGUAUUAGGAAAGGAUUACUAUCGUCGUGAAGUUUUUGAUUCAGAACAUUGGAAGUGGAAGCAAGAAAAAAAUUUGUUAGUCCCUGAAUUUUUGUGCUUUGACAUGUUUGCUCCAGUAGUUAAUGCAAGUGGUUUGGUUUAUUUCAAACUACGCGAUGAUCUAGUAAUGGCUCUAGACUACAAUGGGGAAGAGGCUUUCCCCAGAUUUUUGCUUCCAAAUCAAGCUUUUGAUUAUGAAGAUUAUCGAUAUAACCAACUUGUGGAGUAUAAUGGGAAGCUUGGGUUUACCUGUUUGUCACCAAGAGGGAUAGGGCUUUGGGUUUUCGAGAAUGAGAAUCAUGUUUGGGAGUUGAAAAAGGAAGUAGGCAUUGAAAGUAUAAAGGAGGUGACAAAUUUUCCAACUCCUUCUGGGAUUUAUAAUGCAGACAUUGCUUUGAUGAAAGAUUACUAUAAAGUUUACUUUUACAAGCUGCAAGAUAAGAGUUUUAACGAGGUGAAACUGAAUAAAUGCCGUGAUGUUCAAGAAGUUUUCCCUUUUCGAUCAGAUUUAGAGCCAGUUGAUCUGAGUACGCAACGAACCAACAACACUUUUUCAUGGAACAAACUCCUCUAUCAUCUCUUUUUUAUUUUCUCAAGUAGCUUUUUUGCUUUCAUUUUACUUCUUGGUACGUUGCUGUACUAUGGAUGAACUGCA